CGCUCUUAACAAAUCUUAUUCAGUGCUUCAACCCAACGACAUGAAGUGGUUCGCUCUGUGCGUUUUAAUGCUGGCUUUGCUGGGUCUGAUUGCUGCGGCGCCUGCGGGUCAAAUACGUGUGCGCACCUCCUCCACAACGAAAAUUCAUGUGCGCAAUGGCAAUAUCAAGUGGAAUGGCAAUUGCCACAAUUGCGACAUUCGCACCACCAAAAACACCGCCCAGGUGACCAGCACGAGGACCAAGCAAUGGACACGUAAAUGGUAAAAGGCCAUAAAAUGAGCUUAAGUAAUUAGCUUAAUUAACUUAAUUACUUAAGUAUUUAUAAUUGGAACUCUAAAGCUGCUGUCUAGACAAAAGUGUGUAUUUAUAUAUAGUCUUAAUAUUUAUUUUAUAAUUAACGAAAAAAAUGUGUCAUAAUAUAGUUAAUUA